GACCUUUUAACUGUAAAACAGUGGUCUAUCCUUCUAUACAUAGGAGUAGGACACCGCAUUUAUUACUAUCAUAUCAAAACAUAUUCUUCUCCAUCAUUUUAGACUCCUCAAAUCUCAUCACCCCAGAAGGAAAAAAUUCUCACAUCUUUUCCUCAUGAAGCCCCAUGCAUCUGAUCCAUCCCUCUCUGAAAACUCAAGCAUUUUCCCACGCUCAGAGGCACCACUACCACCAAACCUACUCGAAGGCCCAAAUAUGGUAACCCCAAGUGCAGAAAAGCAACCAUCUGUACAAGAUCAUCACCAAGGACACCCUCAAGAUCAAAUCCGUAAUCUUGCAUUGGAUCUAAGCCUCUCAAACAAGAAAUCUGAUCAUGGGUCGAAGCCGGAACUCAACCUCAUCAACUGUUUUGAUUCAAACAACACAUCAAGAAACUCUUCAUCAGAGACUUCCAGUCCCAAAGGUGCUACUACUACUACUACUGCUACUACUGAUUUCAAGCCAAGGGUUUUCUCCUGCAAUUAUUGCCGGAGAAAAUUUUACAGUUCACAAGCUCUCGGAGGGCACCAAAAUGCUCAUAAGAGAGAAAGAACACUUGCCAAAAAAGGGCAAAAGAGUAAUUGUACUGCAGCAGCAGAGGAUGCCUUGAUGAGGCUUCCAAGUUUACUCUCUUCACACAGAUUCUCCAGCAUGGCUUCUCUCCCUUUGCAUGGCUCCUUCAAUGAUAGGUCACUUGGUAUUCAAGUGCAUUCCACAAUUCACAAGCCUUGUUACCAAUCAAACACCUUUGGUGAGAAUAAUAAUGGUAACUAUGGGUGGUUUAGACGGCCUAUUGAUCAUCAACAUGCAAUCGGGCGGCUUGUUUCACCCAACAAUGUUUUUCAUGUGCAGGGCGGCGUAGGUUCCUCCUCCUCACCAUCGAGUGGUGGCGUUGGAAGGUUUUCCUAUAGUACUAAUGGUCGGAAGUUUUCUCCGGUGGCGGAAGGAAUUGGAGGGUUGUGGUGGACUAAUAGUGCUGCUGGCCAUUUUAAUGCUAAACAAGAUGAGUUGCAGAAGCUUGACUUGUCCCUCAAGCUCUAAACUCUUUCUCAAUUUAUCUUUUUCUCUUCUUUUUUUUUAAUUUCUUUUUUAAAUUUAAAGCCAUCCCUUUUAACCGAUCAAUUUCAGGCUUCCUCGCUCUUUGAGUUUCAUGUAUGUGUUGCAACUUUUGUACACAUUUCUUUUAGGUAUAGUUGACAUUUUCAGAGAAGUUUUGAACUUGGCUUUGAAUAUCCCAAUGCCAUAUGUUGCUUUUUUUUUCUUUAAUUCAAGAUCGUCACGACUUUCUCCCACAAAAUAAAGACUGAAUGCAACUAGAGAACCUGGAAAUUUGAGCUAGAAUGGU